CACGCAAUCAGCUGUUUCUGCCGCAAAAACAUUUGUUGACUUAACAUGAGCUGUUUAAGUUUAAAAUUAUAGAACAAGUCUGAACUGAAUGAUUCGCAAAGUAGUAGUGGGCGUGUCUGGGGGCGUGGACAGCGCUGUCACCGCUCACCUGCUGUCAGAACGAGGAUUCAAUGUGUUGGGAGUAUUCAUGAGAAAUUGGGAUGAAAUGGACGAAGUGGGUCGGUGCAGCGGCGAGGCCGAUCUUAGGGAUGCAGAGUGGGCAUGUCGGCUUCUGGGAGUGGAGCUGCGCCAGGUGAACUAUGUGCGCGAGUAUUGGACGGCUGUAUUUAGCCAAUUCCUGGACGAUUAUCAACAAGGAUUAACUCCAAAUCCAGAUAUUCUGUGCAACCGCCACAUCAAGUUCGACCUUUUCCAUAAGCACGCACUAGAUAAUCUCAAUUACGAUGCCGUGGCCACAGGUCACUAUGCCCGCAAUAGUUUAGGAAACUAUCUGGAAGGAAUUACUUCUCAGAAGGAAGCACGUUUGCUAAUACCCGCCGAUACCUUCAAGGAUCAAACAUUCUUUCUGGCCGGGAUUUCCCGAAAAGCUCUGCAACGCACCAUGUUUCCUUUGGGAGAUCUCCAGAAGACCCAGGUGAAGGAAUUGGCCACAAAAAUUGGACUCAAUCGCCUUGCCAAUAAGAAAGAGAGCACGGGCAUUUGUUUCGUUGGCAAACGAAACUUUAAGGAUUUUAUAAAAGAGUACAUUACAUCCAAAAAUGGUCCUUUUAUAGACAUCGACAGUGGAGCAGUAGUUGGCCACCACGAGGGCAUCCAUCAGUGGACUGUGGGCCAACGUUGCCGCUUAAGUUCAUACCUGCAACCCUAUUUUGUUGCCAGGAAAGAUGCCGUCAACAAUAACAUCUUUGUGGCAGCAGGCCAUGAUCACCCCGCCUUACUUAGCACCCACAUAAACAUCGAUCCACCCAACUGGCUGUGUUCUAAGUCCCAAGAAAAGCUUUUGGAUACCGGCCAGUUAAGAUGCCGCUUUCGUUUCCAGCACACGAAACCCUUAGUGGACUGCCACCUGAGGAUCUCAGCAAAGAAAGACUUCCAUGUCGAGUUGGAUGCUCCUUUAAGAGCCAUUACGCCAGGACAAUAUGCUGUGUUUUAUGACGACACGGCUUGUUUAGGUUCAGCUCGUAUCCUUUGCGCUGAUCCUCUUAACGAAAACCUUCAGGCACAACAAAUUUAAGUUGAAACACUAAACGGUUCAUGGUUUUUUUGUGGAAAAAACCUUCUAAGUCAGGAAAUGAUUGAGAAAUCUAGUUAGCCUAGUUAAUCGAUGAUUAAUUAGUUCUUUGUAUUGUUUCCUUUGAUCCAUAAAAAUACACAAAUUCUCUUUUAA